AUGAAGUUUGUAAUCGAAGGCAACGGCGUUAAAGUGUUUGGAAAAGCAGUUCACGCCCUGUCGAGAAUUGGCGAUGAAAUGUGGCUGGAUCCUCUGGAGAAAGGGCUUGCUGUCAGAUCAGUCAACUCAUCUCAAUCAGCUUACGGCUGUUUUGUCUUCACACCUCUGUUCUUCCAGCAGUAUAUUCUUCAGUCAGACGUCCAGCAGUGCUGGAAAGCUGCUAAAUGCAAACUAAACAUGAAGUGUGUGCUUCCUCUUUUCCGCUGUGUCGCUUGGAGAGAACGCGGUGUGGACAAGUGCGAGAUAUCCAUCAAUAUCCCAAACAACAGGGUGAUGUUUCGGUUUCACUGCAGACAUGGGAUAACCAAGACCUAUAAUCUGGGGUAUCAGGAAUGUGAAGCUUUGCAGGCCGUGUUCCCAUCUCACCUCUGUCCAAACGUCCUGACAGCCCAGCCCAAACUCUUAAGUGACAUUGUGGUGCAUUUCCCUGUCUCACAAGAGGAGGUCACUCUCUCUGUUUCCUCUGCUAAGAUGUCUUUGAAGACCUUCUGUGAUGAAGGAACCCGUAUUAAAGGCAUGAACACGGAGCUGUCGCUGCACCCAGAUGAGUUUGAUUACUUUCAGGUUGGAGUGGAUUCAGCAGUAACCUUCUGCCUCAAAGAACUGAGGGGGUUUUUGAACUUUGCAGAGUCACAUGGUCUACCAGUGUCUUGGCAGUUUGGUGUUGCUGGACAGCCUGUUGCUUUUAGUGUAGAAGACAUGAUGCUGGAGGCCAAUGUCGUGUUGUCCACCUUAAUGGAUCAAAACCAAGAAGGUUCUUUGUCCGCACCAGGGGGUGAUGGAGUUGAGAACACCACGACUGCUGUAGCAGAUUUCUCCUUCGGGCCUGCGGAGGCAGAGGAUGCUGAUAUUGUGGGUAUCGCUGAUGGGGAACGGGUAGCGUCCAGUCAGAACAGUGAGGUCUUCAGCCCAGCGCUCCACGUGAGCAAAAUGAUUCAGUUUAAUCGAGCUGAAGAGACCCAGCCAAGAUCAAGCUCUACUACACCGGUGACACCAGCCUCCAGCCAGUGUUUUAAGAUCCGCUCUCUGCUCUUUGGGGCUGUGUUUAGUGACGGAGGGGGCAGCAUCACUGGAGAUUUGCCCACCCUGGUGUGUGCCAGUGAUACAGAAGAGGAUGGAGGGGUAGAUGACGGACUCGGGUAACAGCGCACACACCUGACACAGGUAAAAGUAAUGAAUGGACUCGGAGACUGAACUGCAGGAUGUGCAGAAACUCAGCCUCGCUAUUCUCUCAUGAUAUAUUAACAGUUUGUUCUAAGAUGAAUAUUUUCAUUAAUGUUCUUCAUAUGCUGCUGUCAAUGGAAGACUGUUAUGUUUUACAACCUUAUAUAUUUAUUUAUAUUUAUAUAUUUUAUAAAAUGUAAAAAACAGUUUUAAGGGUUGGAAUUGAAGAUGUGUUUGCAAUGUACACAAUAUUUAA